CUUAUCGAUGGUUAGUCUCAUCAAAAUGUUGAAGCUAAGCAGCCGUUUGCAGCAGCACUCGCUGAGAUUGGCGCGCGCCUACGCCAGCAGCGCCGGAGAGGGUGAACGCACCGCACUUUAUGAUUUCCAUGUGCGCCAAGGCGGAAAGAUUGUCAACUUUGGUGGCUACGCGCUGCCCGUGCAGUAUGCAGACCAAAGCAUAAUUGCCUCGCAUCUGUACACACGCAGCGUGGGCAGCAUAUUCGAUGUGUCGCAUAUGCUGCAGACCUAUGUGCGUGGCAAGGAUGCGGCUGCCUGCAUGGAAAGCAUUUGCACGGCGGAUAUAUUGGACAUGCCGGCGGGCAGUGGCAGCUUGACGGUGUUCACCAAUGCACAGGCGGGCAUAUUGGAUGAUUUGAUAGUGAACAAGGUGAGCGAGAAGGAGCUCUAUGUGGUCUCCAAUGCAGCGAUGAAGCAACAGGAUAUGCAGCUAAUGAGCGCUGCUGUGUCGCAAUUCAAGUCGCAGGGCAAGGAUGUGGCCAUUGAGUUUCUAGCGCCAGCUGAUCAAUCUUUGAUUGCUGUGCAGGGACCGCAGGUGGCUCAAACGCUUGGCAAGCUGCUCAGCAAGCCCGCAGCCUUGUCGGAACUCUACUUUAUGCGCUCGGGACUCUUCGAGCUGGCGGGCAUACCCAAUGUGCGUAUCACGCGUUGCGGCUAUACGGGCGAGGAUGGUGUGGAGAUUUCAGUGCCCUCCAGCCAGGCCGUCAAUCUUACAGAAGCGCUGCUGGCAGGCGCUGAGCUGAAGCUUGCUGGUCUGGGCGCCCGAGAUUCACUGCGUCUGGAGGCUGGCUUGUGUCUCUAUGGCAGCGAUAUUGAUGCCAAGACCACGCCCGUGGAGGCUGCGCUGGCCUGGCUGGUGGCCAAGCGUCGUCGCAGCACUGCAGACUUUCCAGGCGCUCAACAGCUGCUGCAGCAGCUCAAGCAGGGCGUGCAGCGUCGCCGCAUUGGCCUGCAGAUGCUUGGAGCGAAGGCGCCGCCAGCACGCGCUGGCGUUGCCAUUUACAGCGCUGGCCAGCAGGUGGGUCAGCUCACCAGCGGCUGUCCCAGCCCCAGCAAGGGCUGCAACAUUGCCAUGGGCUACAUAGCGGAGCAGCUAAAGGCGCCAGGCACGCGUGUGGAGCUCAAAGUGCGCGAUAAGUUCUACGAGGCUGAAGUGACGCGAAUGCCCUUCGUCAAGGCCAACUACUACAACAAGCCCAAGCAAUAAAUUAUCCCACAAAUACAUUUUUCGUUA